CACAUUCUAUGCUAUUGAUUUCCUCAUAAAAUCAAUAGAGUUUGGAAGAUUUAAUUUAUAGAAAGGGAGAUUUCGGAAGAAGCUCAAGCAAUGGCUCCUCAUAAGAUGCUUAUUCUCCUAUCAUGUAUUGUGUUCUUGAAGUGUGGAGUAUUAAGGGUUGACGGAUAUGGCGAUGGCAAUAUUCAAAAUGUGCAAGUGAAUCCAUCAACUACACUCAAGCCGACACAAAACAUGAUGUUUCUAAAUGCGGAUGAACUCUAUGUGGGGAAAGUUCACAAGAUCAAAUUUGACUUGGAUGACCCUUCUUCAUCGCCUCACCAUUUCCUCCCAAAAGAAGUCGCCGAUUCGAUCCCUUUCGCGUCGUCCGCGCUCCCAAACAUUCUCGAGCUAUUCUCAAUCCCUCAGGGUUCUGAAAAAGGAAAAGCAAUGGAAGACACACUGUUUAAGUGUGAGAACAAUUAUAAGGAGGGAGAGGUGAGGACAUGUACAACUUCCUUGGAGUCCAUGAUUGAUUUUGUGCGUAGCUUAUUCGGACCGAAAGCGGAGAUGAAAGUCCUAGCAAAUAGUCACACACCGAGGUCCACUGGUACUUCUGAUGAGUACACCAUGGUGGAAGUCGGGGAGAUUCCGAUUCAUAAGAUGAUUGGAUGUCACUGGAUGCGCUAUCCUUAUUCAGUUUAUGAGUGCCAUCACAGGUUCAAUUCCAAAACCAAGGUUUUCAGGGCAAAACUUGUUGGUAACAAGGGAGAUGAUGAAUUCGAAACUUAGGUUUCUUGCCAUAUGGAUACAGCCACCUGGGAUCCCAACCUAAAACUAUUUGAGGUGCUUAAUGUCAAGCCCGGAACUUCUCCUAUCUGCCACUUCUUCCCUGAAGGAGAUCUUAUUUGGAUCCAGCCAUCUAUCUAAGGAUAUCUAGCUAAGAUAGCACGUAAUAGAUUCACUCUCCUCUGUGUGUGUUGGAAAAAUUAAUAUUACUACCAAAUAUGUAAUGAAUAUUCUAUAUUCGAGAGUGAAUUUACAAUAAUGUGAUAUGAUGUGAUGUAAUGUACUCUAUAGUUGUACGUGUGAGACUGAAUUCAUCAAUAAAUAAACUAAUGAAUGAUGUGCAAUAGAAUGAA